ACUCCGCGUGCACCUCCCUCCCGGGCAGCCCUCGCCACUCCGCCACUCCGGGCUGCUGCUGCUGUUCACACAGGCUCCUUGCUGGGUGUCAGAAGCUCCACCAUGGAGCUGGCCUGGGGGCUCGCUCUCUUACUCCUGCUCCAAGUGUGUAGCGCCAACCGCAUUCCAGAGUCUGGGGGAGACAACAGCGUGUUUGACAUCUUUGAACUCACUGGGGCUGCCCGCAAGGGCUCCUCUGGCCGCCGGCUGGUGAAGGGCCCUGAUCCCUCCAGCCCAGCUUUCCGUAUUGAGGAUGCCAACUUGAUCCCCCCUGUGCCUGAUGACAAGUUCCAAGACCUAGUGGAUGCCAUACGCGCUGAGAAAGGGUUCCUCCUCCUGGCCUCCUUGCGGCAGAUGAAGAAAACCCGGGGUACACUUCUGACCCUGGAGAGGAAAGACCGCUCAGGCCAUAUCUUCAGCAUCAUCUCCAAUGGCAAGGCGGGCACCAUGGACCUUAGCUUUGACCUCCAGGGGAACCAACAUGUGGUGUCAGUGGAAGAUGCACUUCUGGCAACUGGCCAGUGGAAGAGCAUCACCCUGUUUGUACAGGAGGACAGGGCCCAGCUGUACAUUGACUGUGAGAAGAUGCGAAACACUGAGUUAGAGGUCCCCAUCCAAAGCAUCUUCACCAGGGACCUGGCCAACAUCGCCAGACUCCGCAUUGCUAAGGGAGGCGUAAAUGACAAUUUCCAGGGGGUGCUGCAGAAUGUGAGGUUUGUCUUUGGAACCACACCAGAAGACAUCCUCAGGAACAAAGGCUGUGCCAGCUCCACCAAAGUUGUGCUCACCCUGGACAAUAACGUGGUGAAUGGUUCCAGCCCCGCCAUCCGCACCAACUACAUUGGCCACAAAACCAAGGAUCUGCAGGCCAUCUGCGGCCUCUCCUGCGAUGAGCUGUCCAGCAUGGUCCUGGAGCUCAAGGGCCUGCGCACCAUCGUGACCACACUUCAGGACAGCAUCCGCAAAGUGACUGAAGAGAACAAGGAGCUGGUCAAUGAACUGAGGAGGUCUCCCCUCUGCUAUCACAAUGGGGUUCAGUACAUGAAUAAUGAAGAAUGGACAGUGGAUAGCUGCACUGAGUGCCGCUGUCAGAACUCGGUUACCAUCUGCAAAAAAGUGUCUUGCCCCAUUAUGCCUUGUUCAAACGCUACAGUUCCCGAUGGAGAAUGCUGUCCGCGGUGUUGGCCCAGCGACUCCGCAGAAGAUGGCUGGUCUCCGUGGUCUGAGUGGACCUCCUGCUCGGUGACCUGCGGCAAUGGGAUUCAGCAGCGUGGCCGCUCCUGUGACAGCCUCAACAACCGGUGUGAGGGCUCCUCCGUGCAGACACGGACCUGCCACAUUCAGGAGUGUGACAAGAGAUUUAAACAGGACGGCGGCUGGAGCCACUGGUCCCCAUGGUCAUCGUGUUCCGUGACGUGUGGUGAUGGCGUGAUCACGAGGAUUCGGCUCUGCAACUCUCCCAGCCCUCAGAUGAACGGGAAGCCCUGUGAAGGCGAAGCCCGACAGACCAAAGCCUGCUCCAAAGAUGCCUGCCCGAUCAAUGGAGGCUGGGGACCCUGGUCACCCUGGGACAUCUGCUCUGUCACCUGUGGAGGAGGUGUGCAGAAACGUAGCCGGCUCUGCAACAACCCCACACCCCAGUUUGGAGGCAAAGACUGCAUUGGUGAUGUGACGGAAAACCAGAUCUGCAACAAGCAGGACUGUCCAAUUGAUGGAUGUCUGUCCAAUCCCUGCUUUGCCGGGGCCAAGUGUACUAGCUACCCUGAUGGCAGCUGGAAAUGUGGCGCGUGCCCUGCAGGUUACAGUGGAAAUGGCAUCCAGUGCAAAGAUGUUGAUGAGUGCAAAGAAGUGCCCGAUGCCUGCUUCAACCACAACGGAGAGCACAGGUGUGAGAACACGGACCCCGGCUAUAACUGCCUGCCCUGCCCACCCCGCUUCACUGGCCCGCAGCCCUUUGGCCGAGGCGUCGAACAUGCCACUGCCAACAAACAGGUGUGUAAGCCCCGAAACCCCUGCACGGAUGGGACACACGACUGCAACAAGAACGCCAAGUGCAACUACCUGGGCCAUUACAGUGAGCCUAUGUACCGCUGUGAGUGCAAGCCCGGCUACGCAGGCAACGGCAUCAUCUGCGGGGAGGACUCGGACCUCGACGGCUGGCCCAACGAGGACCUGGUCUGUGUGGCCAACGCUACUUACCACUGCAAAAAGGAUAACUGCCCCAACCUUCCCAACUCUGGGCAGGAAGAUUAUGACAAGGAUGGAAUUGGAGAUGCCUGUGAUAAUGACGAUGACAAUGAUAAAAUCCCAGAUGAUCGGGACAACUGCCCAUUCCAUUACAACCCAGCCCAGUACGAUUAUGACAGAGAUGAUGUGGGAGACCGCUGUGACAACUGCCCCUACAACCACAACCCGGAUCAGGCGGACACAGACAACAACGGGGAGGGAGACGCCUGUGCGGCUGACAUCGACGGUGAUGGUAUCCUCAAUGAAAGAGACAACUGCCAGUACGUCUACAAUGUUGACCAGCGGGAUACAGACAUGGAUGGGGUCGGAGAUCAGUGUGAUAACUGCCCUCUGGAACACAAUCCAGAUCAGCUUGACUCUGACUCGGACCGCAUCGGAGACACCUGUGACAGCAAUCAGGACAUUGACGAAGACGGCCAUCAGAACAACCUGGACAACUGCCCCUACGUGCCCAAUGCCAACCAGGCCGACCACGACAAAGAUGGCAAGGGAGAUGCCUGUGACCACGAUGACGACAAUGAUGGCAUUCCCGAUGACAAGGACAACUGCAGACUUGUGCCCAAUCCUGACCAGAAGGACUCGGAUGGUGAUGGUCGAGGUGAUGCUUGCAAAGAUGAUUUUGACCAUGACAGUGUGCCAGACAUCGAUGACAUCUGCCCUGAGAAUGUUGAUAUCAGUGAGACUGAUUUCCGCCGAUUCCAGAUGAUCCCUCUAGAUCCCAAAGGAACGUCCCAAAAUGACCCUAACUGGGUUGUUCGCCAUCAGGGCAAAGAGCUCGUUCAGACUGUCAACUGUGAUCCUGGGCUUGCUGUAGGCUAUGACGAGUUUAAUGCGGUGGACUUCAGUGGCACGUUCUUCAUCAACACCGAAAGAGAUGACGACUACGCAGGAUUUGUGUUUGGCUAUCAGUCCAGCAGCCGCUUCUAUGUCGUGAUGUGGAAGCAGAUUACCCAGACCUACUGGGACACCAACCCCACAAGGGCUCAGGGAUACUCGGGCCUUUCCGUGAAAGUAGUGAACUCCACCACGGGGCCUGGCGAGCACUUGCGGAAUGCUCUGUGGCACACAGGAAACACACCUGGCCAGGUGCGGACUCUGUGGCAUGACCCUCGUCACAUAGGCUGGAAGGAUUUCACUGCCUACAGAUGGCGUCUCAGCCACAGGCCAAAGACAGGCUUCAUUAGAGUUGUGAUGUAUGAAGGAAAGAAAAUUAUGGCCGACUCAGGACCCAUCUAUGACAAAACCUACGCUGGCGGCAGGCUAGGGUUGUUCGUCUUCUCUCAAGAAAUGGUGUUCUUUUCCGACCUGAAAUAUGAGUGCAGAGAUUCCUAAUCCUCAAACUGUUGAUCAAAAGAGUGAUCAUAGCCAAUGCUGGUGUUGCACCUUCUGGAACCGAACCAUGGGCUCAAGAAAGCCCCAGGAUAACUCGUCCCUUCUCCCUUUUUUCUCUGCUUGCAUCAGUGUGAGCUCCUAGGACAUAUGACCUGCCUCAAGAAAAUGCAACUUUCAAAAACAAACUCUGCAUUUCCUCUAACAAAUGAGAAGACAUCUUUCCAGAGCAUAAACAAUUACUUUUGGCUUGCUUUUUGGAAAAGCACAAGCAUCUCCUUGCUUCAGCUGGAAAGAUGCCUGCUCCAGUCUGCACCUGUCACAGAGCAGGGCACUGUCCAGAGGCCAUGUCUGAGCGCUGGACUCAGUAGCAUUUUCAGGCAUGUGAGAGAAGGGAGGACUCGGUAAAAUUAGCAAACAAAACCACCCCUGACACACGCCCUCUGGAAUAGAGGCAGCAGGGGCCAAAGCACUAAGGAGAAGGUGUAUGCCUGAGACAUGAUUGUAUGAAGAAAAGACGCAGAACUGUUACAUGCUCGGUACUAAUCAUUUUCAGGGGACUGAAAACUGUUGUUGGAUUUCAUGAUGCUGACCAGUGUUAGCUGAUUAACCCACAUAAAGAGGCACUUAACGUAGAAGCAGGGAGGAAAAGACUGGCUUCUGGCCUCCCUCCCGGGCCCCUCCUCUUACAUAUCAUGGGCAGUGGCGAGAAUAGGGAGCCGACAUGAAACCAGUGCAGGGCAGUGCUGGCUGCUAUGGCCUGGUUACACUGAAAUUGUCGGCUUCAUUACAGAUGUAGCUUGUGCAGGUGUAGCAGGAAAAAAGGGGAAACUCUACCAUCUCAGUGAGCACAGGGCUGCCUCCCAGAGGCUGGGCAGCCGUGCUUGUAUUUUUAUGGUUAGAAAGGCACAAAAUUAUCAACCUAACUAAAAACAUUCCUUUUCUCUCUUUUUUCCCCUGAAUAUCAUGGAAAUUUUCCAUUUCUCUCUUUUGGACUCUAGAUUUGUUUUGUCUUGUUUUACAAUCGCUUUACAGUGUAAAAUAUUUAUUUUUUACAUAUUCUGGAGAAUCUGACUGAAGGACUAUUCGUGGACUAGGAAGAAGCGUAAACACUAUUCAUAUCAUCCUUGUUACGAGUCUUCAUGACUGUAAGAUUGUAAAUACAGAUUAUUUAUUAACUCUGUUCUACCUGGAAUUUAGGUUUCAUUUGGAAAGUAUUUGAGGUCGGCUAGUGGAGGCUUAUCGGCUUAUCUUUCCUAAGAAUGGCACAUGGAGAGGCUGCCUUUCCACUUUGUGCUAAGAG